UUAGGUUAGGGUUAGCUGUUCGCUAGUAGGGAAGGCGCGACGCGGUGGAUUCUUGUUCUUCUUCUUUUUCUUCUUCUUCGAUUUCUUCUCGCAUGCCAGUGGCUAGUCAAGAUUUCUAGGUGAAGUGUGAAGUCAGCCACGAUCCAAGCAGGAAGAAUGGAGCUGCUAUAUAAGCGCCAGAGGAUUGCUGCGAGAUUUCUUCUCCAGGCAUGGCCAUGGAUCGUCUUCUCGUGCCGCUACGCAUUCUUUUCCUUGUUCUUGCUUGGGCAGUGGAUGGACAGGCCGAGCAAGGAGGAUUUGCGGGGUUCCCAGGAUUUAUUCCGCCACAGCUUGGCGCUGGAUUCUUUCCGGGAGCUGGCGGUGCGCAGGAGUUUCCUCCUUUGAUCCCAGAGAUCACCAUUCCGAUUCCCAAGAUCCCGGAGAUCCCCAGCAUUCCACAGAUUCCAAGGAUUCCAGAGAUUCCGAUCGUUCCAAAGGUCCCGCCGAAGGAAGUUCCAGUCGUUCCAGAAGUUCCAAAGGUUCCAGAGGUUCCAGUAAUUCCAGAAGUUCCAAAGGUUCCGGAGGUUCCCAAAGUUCCAGCAGUUCCAAUCAUUCCCAAGGUACCGGAGGUUCCUCCAGAAAUACCUACAGUUCCAGAAAUUCCACCCAAAGUGCCAGAAGUUCCCAAAGUUCCAGAAGUUCCCGUUCCAAAGGUUCCGGAGUAUCCAGUAGUUCCGGAGAUUCCUUCCAAGCAGCCGGUCCCCGAAGUUCCAAAGGUUCCGGAGUAUCCAGUAGUUCCCGAGAUUCCUCCCAAGCAGCCGGUCCCCGAAGUUCCAAAGGUUCCGGAGUAUCCAGUAGUUCCCGAGAUUCCUCCCAAGCAGCCGGUCCCCGAAGUUCCAAAGGUUCCGGAGUAUCCAGUAGUUCCGAAGGAGCAAGUUCCAAAGUUUCCAGCCAUCCCGGGUUUACUUCCCGGUGGCAUGAUACCGAGGCCUGGCGUGGGAGGCUUUCCAUUCCCAGCAGGACGGGGUUUUCCAUUCCCAGGAGGACGACCAUUUCCAUUUCCCGGUGGUGCUACUUCUGCGGAGAUGGGAGUUGCUGUGUUGCGGCCUGGCUUCUACAAGGAGAAGUGCCCCGCUGCCGAGUCUAUCGUGAAGAAAGUCUUGCAGCAGGCUGUGGAAAAGGAUUCUAGAACUGCUGCAAACAUUCUCAGGCUUCAGUUCCACGAUUGUUUCGUUCUGGGAUGUGAUGCUUCCAUACUUCUGGACGAUACGCAUACUUUCAAAGGAGAAAAGACCGCCAAUCCCAACAGGAACUCGGCUCGUGGCUUCGAAGUCAUUGACGAGAUCAAGGCUGCUCUGGAGAAGGAAUGCGAGGGUGUUGUUUCUUGUGCCGACGUUCUCGCCAUUGCUGCACGGGACUCGGUCGUCCUGACUGGAGGCCCGUCGUGGGAAGUUCAUCUUGGUCGUCGAGACAGCCUGACUGCGAGCCGCAGCCUGGCCAACAGAGACAUCCCGCCUCCCAACUCGACGCUUCCGCAGCUCAUCGCCGCGUUUGCCAAGAAGGGCCUGUCCAUCGUGGACUUGGUAGCACUGACGGGCUCUCACACCAUCGGCGUGUCACGCUGCGCCAGCUUCCGGCAGCGCCUCUACAACUUUGCGGGAACUCGUCGGCCAGAUCCGAGCAUCGACCCGGCGCUCCUCCGCAGCCUCGAGCACAUUUGUCCUCCCAAAGGCAACGCGCAGGAGACGACGCCUCUGGACAUCGUCACUCCCACCAAGUUUGACAAUCACUUCUUCGUCGAUCUGGAGCUUCACAAGGGUGUUCUUACGUCGGACCAGGUGCUGUUUGCGCCGUAUGCUCCCACCAGCGCACUGGUUACGGCAUUUGCCUACGACCAGGCAAAGUUCUUCCAGGAGUUUGUAGCGUCCAUGGUGAGGAUGGCUGCCAUCAAGCCGCUGCUGGGAUCGGAGGGCCAGAUCAGGAAGGAGUGCCGGUUCGUCAAUCACAAGUACUGAAGCAGGGUUUUAGUUGCUCUAGCGUUUUUAGCUUUUGAUUCAUUCAUUCUUCCAAGUAAGUACUAAGAUUUUGUGAAGUGAAUCCUUUUAGAUUAAAAGAAGAAAAAAAGUAGAAUGCAUUUUCUUGAUUC